AUGUGCCGCUGGCUGCUGCUGCUGUGGCUGCUGUGUCCCCAGCUGUGUCCCCAGCUGUGUCCCCGCGCCGUGGCCGCGGCCAGGAGGGACAGGAAGGGCCGGAAGGAGCCCCCGGAGCCCCUCAACGCCUCCCUGGCCAACAGCCAGGAGCACCCCAAGCCGCUGGAGUCGGCAGACCCCCGGCUCACGGACCCCCGCAGGACCUGGAUCUCCUUCGUGCACCGCCCCGACGACGGAAACAACUCCAAGAGGAGAUGCAAAGGGAAGGACAAGAAAUUGCGAGGCCUGGUUGGGCCUCCGGGACCUCCUGGGCCUCAGGGGCCUCCGGGAGCCCCUGGGGCUGAAGUCACCAGGGAAGUUCUUCUGCAGGAGUUCAAGGAGAUCUUAAAAGAAGCCAUGGAGCACCGAGCCUCCCAGGCCGUGUCAGCCCGGCCCAGCCCGCUGCCCCCGCUGCUGCUGUCCCUGCAGGAGGUUCCACCCCAGCGCCGUGUGGAAGAAGCUUUCCACUGCAAGCUCAAAGGCCAGGUCGUGGUGGACAAGAAGACCUUGGUGGAGCUCCAGAAUUUCCAGUCGCCGCUGGCCAAGGGCGCGUUCCUGCGCGGCUCCGGGCUGAACCUGGCCACCGGCCGCUUCACCGCGCCCGUGGGCGGCAUCUACCAGUUCUCAGCCAACAUCCACAUCGACCACAGCGAGCUGAAGAGCAAAGUGCAGCUGCGAGCCAGGGACAACGUGCGGGUGUUGAUCUGCAUCGAGUCCCUGUGCCACAGACACACGUCCUUGGAAGUCAUCGCUGGGCUGGAAAGCAACAGCAAAAUCUUCACUAUUUAUGUCCACGGGUUGCUGCAGCUGCAGGCUGGGCAGUACACCUCCAUCUUCGUGGACAACAGCGCCGGGGCUCCCAUCACCAUCCAGCACGGAUCUGAUUUCAUGGGAAUGCUGAUGGGAGCGUAGCAGGAAUCCCCCAAAUCCCGGAUUUCGGACUGAAAAAAAACCCAAACCCAAACCCCAAACCCCCACGCUUUGACCUUGAAACUGCUCCCUCUUCCUGCAGCGAUUAUUUGAAAUCCUUCCCCAGCUCCUCCGGCUUUGCUGCCGCCGCUGCUUUUCAAGGUCCUCGUCGGAAUAAUUCUUUUUAUCCUCCUGAAAAAAGCAAAAAAAAACCCAUAAAACCCCUUGGGAUAUUUAAUUUGUGCCUCACCGGAUGCUCACGGGGCAGCACGCUGAGAUUUAGGGGCCGUUCAUGCUGUAACCUGAUUUUUUCACCACAGCACUUGUAACCAGCACUGGGGUUUUUUGGGUUGUUUGGGGUUUUUUUGGGUUUUUUGGGGGGGUUUGGAAAUGAAGGAUUGA